UUAGAAUAUAGAGUGUGUCAGAGAGAAGCAAAAAAAACAGAAAAUAUCGUUUUACCACGUUGGAAAGAAGCUUGAGAAAAAAAACGGAAAGAAAUACAACUUCCUCUGACUUUGUUAAACGGAUAGUUAACAAAGAAUUUUAUUCUUUAUUCGUACAAACAUAAUUAAUUAUUUCUCCUUGUAAAAAAAAUAAAGAUACCGAUAUGUCUACUCUGUUGACAGAAAAUAACUUCGAGUGUCGGGUGAGUUCUGUGCUAAAUAAGAACGCUCAAUCGUAUGGAAAAAUGUAUAUGUUUGAUAAUUGCAGUGAAACAUGUUGGAAUUCUGAUGCAGGAAGUCCACAGUGGGUUCUUAUUAACUUUGAAGAAGAAUGCAGUCUCUCCGGCUUUGAGGUGGAAUUCCAAGGUGGAUUUGCUGGAAAAAAUUGUCAUAUAGAGGCUGGUAAUGAUAGAAAGGAGCUAACAGUUGUUGAAUCUUUUUCUCCGGAAGAUAAGAACAAGCUACAACGAUUUAAUUUGAAAAAUCAGGUCAGAGCCAAAGUUUUUAAAUUUGUAUUUAAUGAAAGCACCGAUUUCUUUGGCAGGAUCAUCAUAUACAAUUUAUCAUUGUACUCAUGAUAUCCAUUUUAAUAUCUUAAUUAUAAUUUUGUACAUUGCAAGAAGUAUUUAU